AGUCGCUCCGCGGUACGCGUCGGGUCGCCGCUCUCGCGUUCGGUAACCUCCUCGAGGUUGAGGCGUGGAUUCGCGCGAUCGGCCGGUUCCGGAGUCGCGAGUGCGUCGAGUAGGAGUGUCGUGCCUGCCCUGGUCGUCGGGUCGCCAUCGACGCCUUCGAAGGGAGACGGGAGGAGAGCGUCGCGGCGCGCCGUGAGAAAGGAGGUCCUAGGGGCGAUGCCCGCCGGCGAAGGGGCUCACCCCCAGGGGUUCAUCGUCGCGGGGGGCGGCCACCCCCGUUUCCGGGUCUAGGCUGCUUCGGCGGGGACCGAGGGAGGAAGUAAUGGUGUGUGGGGGGUGCGAUGACUGUGGCCGCAGCCGUGGCUCCGUGGCACCGAGCCCACCUCUACAAGGCGCUCGCCUGCGUCGUCCUCGCCCUGAUCGCUCUUCAGUAUCUGCUCAGCGGGAUCCUCGACCGUCGGUCUAUCGAGACCAUUUUCACAAUUAACGCCACUCGGUACGCCAGGAACUCGUUGAGAAAUCGGCCUAGAGGACUCAUCAUCUACGGUCCGGCGACUUCGCCGAGCGUCUUGGCGAACGGCAGCGCCUCCUCGUACACGACGUCGUCGUCGGUCUCCGGGGCCCGGAAUCCCGGCGACGCCCUCAGGACGCAGGCAGCCGUCCCGACGCGCGUCGCCGUCGAGCGGGACGCCUCCCUGGACACCGAGGACCCCUCCGAUGCCCUCCAUAAAAACGGGACGGAGGCUCCGUCGACGGAACGGUGUCCCCUCGUGCCUCCCAACCUCGUCGGCCCUCUGGCCGUGGAGAAGAGCCCGCCGGCGAUGUCGGUGGUCGAGAAGACCCUGACGGAGGUGAUGCCGGGUGGCAGAGGGUGUCCCACAGGGUGCGUCCCCAGGCACCGCGUCGCUAUCGUCGUGCCCUAUCGCGACCGUUUUCAACAUCUCACCGCGUUCCUCUGCAACCUCCACCCGAUGCUGUUGAGACAGCAGGUCGACUAUCAGAUCUUUGUGGUCGAGCAGGAAGGUAUGGGACAAUUUAACCGGGCGAUGCUAAUGAACGUGGGGUACGUCGAGGCCCUGAAGGAGAGGCCCUUCGACUGCUUCAUCUUCCACGACGUCGACCUGCUGCCCGAGGACGACAGGAACCUGUACACCUGUCCCGAGCAGCCGAGGCACAUGUCCGUGGCCGUGGACAAGUUUAAUUACCGGUUGCCUUAUGCGGACCUCUUCGGCGGCGUUUCCGCCAUGUCGAGGGAGCACUUCCGCCUGGUGAACGGCUUCAGCAACGUCUUCUGGGGCUGGGGCGGCGAGGACGACGACAUGGCGAAUCGCAUCAAAGCUCAUGGCCUUCAUAUAUCUCGGUACCCGGCCAACGUGGCGCGAUACAAAAUGCUCACGCACAAGAAGGAGAAGGCUAAUCCAAAGAGAUACGAGUUCCUGAAGACGGGGAAGAAGAGGUUCGCGACCGACGGGCUCGCCAACCUGCAGUACCAGGUGGUGGAGAAGCAGAGGAAGAAGCUGUACACCUGGUUGUUGGUCAAACUGACUCCUCCACAGCCCAGCUGAUGGCUACCCUGGAUCGGUUGAAGUCCUCUUCAGGAUCUUCUUCCCGACUCCUGUGACUCCGCGUCCCCCCGGGGGUCGGCGACCCUCUUCGGGGGUGGACUCUUCAGGGUCGACCCUCGGGGUAGGCUCGUGAAUGAGCUCCGAUUCUUUCAUUCCUUUGCCACGAGUCGAGGAAUCGGCGCCACCGGUUCCCGUCCCCCUCAUUACGCUCGAAAAAGAUUCCGGUUAAUAUUAGAUAUGCCUGAUUAGAAAAACAAAAAAUGCCAGGGAUUAAUACGAGGUCUGAUUAAGGUGAAGUGAAACACCCUUUUUUAAGGGUAUUAGACCAAACUGUCCGAAACUUUGACACAUCACUCCUG